AUGAAUUGUAAAGAGUCCAGCGAAUUGCCGCAUACAAAAUAUGUGCAAUUUACACCACCACCUCGACGUCGCGGCGAUCCAUUUAUCAUUGAAAAAUCACAAGCCGAAAGAGAAGACACAAAUUUGGAGGCACUCAAGGAGAUACCAUUGGAAUUUGUCGAUGAAGUUGUGCCAGAGGAAAAAGUUACCGUUAAAUUUCGUGUUGAUGGUACGCGCAUAGUAGCGCAAGUCUAUUCAAAUCGUUUUAGCAUUGGUGAUAUAAAAACUGAUAUUGGCAGCAAAUUCGAAGUGAAUCCCGAAUUUUUAGCACUAAAGCAAGGAGAUCGCGAGUUGCCAAAUCGUUGCCUGUUGGCGCAAACUGAUUCCAACAAAUUUGGUAUUUACGAAUUCGAUUUGGAAUUGCUAGAUGCGUCCGAAAUGCAUCUCCCCAAAGAUGCUGUGCCACCUAAGUUGGAUUUGAAUAUAUAUUACGACAAAUACCACAUGCCCGAUUUCAUAACGGUGCAUAUCGAGGGCGAAGAUGGGAAGCCCAAGACCAUCGUCGUAGAGAUAUUGAAUAAGGCGAUAGUAAAACCAUUCUUGUGUGGCUAUCGAGAUAAAGCAACAGGUAUUGAAUAUUUGGACGCAUUCACUCAAACCGGUCCAUAUUUUGAUAAAAUGAAGUACCAUCGCCACGUCAGCAGAGAUACCCAAACUCGUGAAUUUAAAGGAAAGGAAAUUGAUACUGCCCAUGAGCAAGCUACUCAGUGCUUUCAAGAUGGCAACAAUGUGCUGCGUAUCUCCGCUGCCACAGACUACACCAUAACUCCGGGAAAAUAUCAAACUUAUGCACAGAAGAUGCGCCGCGAAAAUAAACUAGCUAAAAUCAUAUUGAUUCAACGUAAUUUCCGUAGCUACUUAUUUAUGCGGUACGUUCGGAAUACGGCAGCAAAGUAUCGCCGGUUGGUGGCCAAUCGCAAGGCUGAAGAGGAACGUCUGCAGGAAGAAGCUGAAAAGCGUAUCAAACGCGUUGAAUUAGCCAAGCAGUUUCCGCGCACCAAAGAUGACUUUGAGAUGUUGUACAGCGAGGUGCAAAAAUGGAAGAUAGCCGAACUGAAGCGUAUUGCACGUCUGUACGAAGGGCCAGCGCGCAUCGCCGAGGUCAAUGUGUUGCUAGACAAGGAGAUACAGCUACGCAACGGCAUCGAAAAGCAACGAAUCAUCGUCAAAAAGGCAAUGGAGGAUUUUCGAAAUGAAAAAAUGCUAACCAAGUUGGGCGAACCAAUUAAGUGGAUCGGCUAUAAAGAUAACGUAAUUCAUUUGGAUUUGUUACGAACACAACGUGCCCGCUUUCUUACUGAAAUCUAUAAGGAUAUGCAAAAGAAAAUGAGCAAAGAAGAACGGUUAGAACUUUUAGUGAAAGUAAAGCAAGUUUUGAUGGACGAACGAGACUUUCCAGAUUUUGCCGAGAUGUUUGACUUGAUUGAACGUGAAAUAAACUUAAUGCUACACACAAAAUACUGUGACGUCGAAGUUUUACAUAAGCGACAAAAUAUUCUUUGGAUGGAGCUCAUAAAAUUCUCCAAGGAUAAGCCGAAAGAUCUUGGUGAAAAACGCAUGUGCGAAGUGUGUAAGGAGGUUAAGCCGUUUAGCCAGUUUGCGCUGCGUACGCGUCAAAACAAUGUGGACACUUGCAAACGUUGCUAUUACAUGAAGCUGGCCUCGACUGACAACAAGACGUAUGCGGCCAUAUUGCGAGCCAUUCAGCGAGACGAACGCAAGCGCCGCAGCAACGCCUCAUUCGCAUUCGUACUGCAAAUGGAUGACAUACGUUACAUUAUUGACCAAAUUUGGCAUAGUCAUUCAAUACUUAGCAAGAAUGCGGUAUUAAGCAAUUUGCGUUUGCCGCGCUGGUUGAAAGGUGAAGAUUGGUCACCGUGGAAUUGUAUUUGCCUUACUGAGUAUGAGGCACGCGAUCAUUACAGACUGGACGAUCCAACCACUGUGUACGACCAUAAAUUGGUACUUGAGAUAGGCAAUAGGCAUAUGUUGGCGCGCGCUGCAUUCCAUAAAAUGACUAAAAUCGCCACUGAAUUUGUUGAGACCGGACAAUGGUUCCGUGUUGGAUUGAAUAAGCAGCGAACUGUGCCGCCACCGAACCUAUAUCCACGCCCCAAGCCAGUUAUGGCAGCCCGCAUUGAAAAGAAAAAAUGCGAGUAAAAUGAAAGAGUGCAAACGUAAUACUUGCUUUAUCACUAUGGGCGAUUUUAAGAAUAUAUUAGCAGAAUGUUUUUAAAAUUAACAUUUUAUUUUUUAAAUAAAAUUUAACAUUUA